CACAAUCCCUAAAACAGCAGGGCAAACAUGGCAGCCUCCUCUGCAGGAAUAGGUACACUGCUAUGUAAAAACAUCAACAAACAAAUAGAAAUAUUUUAUCCUACAAAUAGGAGGUACACUUGGUGUGUUAUAAGAAGAAUAUGCACGUCUAUCUCCCGAUUCCGGUGUCAAGGUCAAAUAAAAAGGAAAAGUGCCCCCAAAGAACUUGUAGGUGUGGUUGGCCUGGAGGUCCAUGCUCAGAUCCAAUCCAUCACAAAGCUGUUCUCCGGUUCCCAAGUCAGGUUCCAGGCGCCACCUAACUCCUUGGUGUCCUUCUUUGAUGCAUCCUUACCUGGCACUCUACCUGUGUUGAACAGACGGUGUGUAGAAGCGGCUGUGAUGACAGGCUUGGCCCUGGACUGUGUCAUCAACAGGAAGUCUCUCUUCGACAGAAAGCAUUACUUCUACGCUGACCUUCCUGCCGGCUACCAGAUCACCCAGCAGAGGCGGCCCAUCGCCGUGGACGGCACUCUUACCUACAGUCACCUGGGGGGCACUAGAAGAAACACGCUGAUCACCAAGAGUGUGCGGAUCAAACAGAUACAGCUGGAGCAGGACAGUGGCAAGAGCCUCCACGAUGACCGCCGGGGCCAGACCCUAAUUGACCUCAACCGGGCAGGUGUGGGUCUGAUGGAGCUGGUGAUGGAGCCGGAUAUGAGCUGCGGCGAGGAAGCGGCGGCGGCCGUCAGGGAGCUCCAACUCAUCCUGCAGGCCCUGGGGACCUGUCAGGGCCACAUGGAUGAGGGACAGCUGAGAGUGGACGCCAAUGUGUCCGUCCACCGUCCUGGGGAUCCAUGGGGCGUCAGGACCGAGGUUAAAAACAUCAACAGUGGCCGCAAUCUGGCCAGAGCCAUAGACUAUGAGAUCCAGAGACAGGUGGGCGUCCUCAAAAACGGCGGCACAGUGCAGAAUGAGACACGUUCGUUUGACCGCAAGUCAGGGCACACCCUUCCCAUGAGAGACAAGGAAGGCCUUCAGGACUACAGGUUCAUGCCAGAGCCCAACCUGCCUCCUCUGAUUGUGUACGACCGGCCCUCCACAGCUCCUCCUUGUGUCCACCCCAGCCAGGUGGUGGUUCUGGAGGAGGUGAGGGCCGGGCUGCCGGAGCUGCCUAGAGCCAGGAGGACAAGGCUGGUGGAGAGCUACGACAUCCUCCCCGAACACAGCUUCACCCUGGUGAAUGAAGACGGGCUGACAGACUACUUUGAGGCCGUUGUCAAGGAGACCAAGGCUGGACCGAGGAAGGUGAUUGGCUGGGUCAAUCAAGUGCUCCUGGGCCUACUCCAUCACCAUAGCUUGAGUGUCAGCCAGAGUCCAGUCACCCCUCAAAUGCUGGCCCAGCUACUGAACCUCCAGGAGAACGGACAAAUCUCUUCUUCUGUUGCAAAGCAGGUAUUCCAGGAGCUGUGGAGGGCACCAGGUAAGACGGCACAGCAAAUCAUCCAGGAGCAAGACCUGGGGAUCGUCAGCAACACCACGGAGAUCCACAGGAUCUGCCAGAAGGUGGUGGACUCACACCCAGACCAGGUCCAAGCCAUCCGUGGCGGGAACAAGAAGGUCCUGAACAAACUGAUGGGUCUGGUCCAGAAGGAGACAAAAGGCAGGGCUGACCCAGUCCUGGUCCGGUCUAUCCUGGAAGAGAAAACCUCCUGAGAACAGUCACACGCUGCUUGUGGUCACCUUGACAGUCUUCAAGGAGUGUUUCUCUUUUCUCCUGAUGUUAGAUUAACUAACUUUAGCCAGUUCUAUAUUAAUGGGGGUGGAAUCAUUGGAAGCGGAGCGUAUUACCGUAAAGCAACAACACCUGCGCUGGCUAAUGUCGGCUUGAGUUUGUGAUGGCUAUUUAAAGGGCCGUGGGUUUACAGUUUGACUUUCAAUGAGAAGUGACACUCUUCUUUAGCUUUUGUCAGACAGGUGAAUUGUUGAACUUGUCCAAGGGGCAACAGUAAUUCCAUCAUCCCAAAGACCACAUCAAAGUUACUCUGUCCUCUUCUCAAGAAGACAAACUAAAGACAUGUUUAUACCUGGUUCUGGAUUUCUCAGGUUUCUAGGCAGGUGUUGUGGAUGAAUAUACAUUGUGAUUAGACCUUACAAGUAAACAGACAAGAUCAGGAUGAAGGAUGCAUGAAUCGUAUGUCAUUUUCUCUUCUAGCACUGUAAUCAGCCCUCCAGCUGAUCUAUUGAAACGUCGUGUGCUAAAGUCAUAGAUAUUUACAUACUCAUUCUAUGUGCAUACUCUUAUGCCAUCUCACACUCCUGCUUCAUCUAAACUGUCAUGUGAAUGGGAUGGCAUAGUCAUUCUUCAUGAUAAUCACACUUAAGGAAUAGUGGUUCUGGAGUCCCGUAGCCGUUAGGAGCCCAAUGAACCCAGAUGACGGAUCUAAGCUAAUAGAAGGGAUGGUCCAUUAAGAGGCGGGUUGGGAGUUGUCCCAGAAGUCACCCUGCUGUUUUUAUGCCUGUCCUCCGGUAGCCCUGGAAUGGAUUAUGGGAGUAACGGAGGAAGGAAACACCAUAUGCAGUGCAGUGCCUCCUCUCCCGACACUUCAAGAUGGACAGAAAUGAUUUGGAUCUUUGUUUAGAGGACAAGUGGUGCGAUUGGAUGUAGCCAGCGCCCCCUCGUGGCCACAGACUGAAGACGUUUCUGAGACCUACCUGUCCUCUGCAACUGCAUCUUGGGAAAAAAUGGUGGAUGAAUGGGAGACAAACUAUUUCACCAUUCUGAAAUCACACAACUAUCCAGAAUAGAAUAUUACAGGUAGAAUUACCUGUACCGGAAGAUGAAUCUAAUCUAAAAGGGUGGUUUGGAGUCUGGAGCUUAGACCACCCUGGCCCAAGUCAUAUAAGUAGAGUAGGAGUUAAUCCAAUGUCCUUCCCCUUGUGUAGAUACACCUAAUUGACCUAAAUAGGCAUUAUUGUAUUGUAACACAUCACUGGGCUUAAAAAAAACAAUUUUGUGGCUGGCUGCUGUUCGAGUGCCUGCAAGGGGAGACCUAGAUUUAAACAGAAGCUGGGUCACCAUAUGAAAAAGUUUAAUAAAUCAGACUGGUGAAGUCCUUUGAACUUCAUUCGAAAAACAAAUGGGGUGGGGGGGGGUCUGAAAAAUCGAAGAUAUACUUAAAAAAAAAAGCGCUGUUUCUUUUAGGGUGAGAAGCUGUCAAAACAACAUUACUCAAUAAACAUCCACAGUAUGACAGAGAAAGAACACACAAUUACAUGUUUGUUGAAGAUGUGUCUUUAUUAAAAGAAUGCCUUGGUGCCUCUGACAUUA